AUGGCCAGAUCAUCCAAGAGGAACGUCGCCUACUUUCAUGACCCGGAUGUUGGCUCUUAUUCUUAUGGCCCGUCGCACCUGAUGAAGCCUUUGCGGAUGCGAAUCACGCACGAGCUAUGCAACGCAUACGACCUUUUGACGAUGAUGGAUGUCCAGAGGGCGGAAAGGUCAUCGGCGGAAGCAAUGUGUGCUUUUCACACAGACGAGUACAUCGAGUUUUUGAGCAAGGUCACGCCGGAGACCGUGGAGGACCUCACUUUUAAUGGCAAUCGAUUCGGCAUGUCACAAAAUUGGGACAAUCCGGCGUUCGAGGGCGUGUUCGAGUUUUGCUCAUUGUCUGCCGGGGGAUCCGUAGCUGCUGCGAAAACGCUGUCUUCUGGUGCUGCUGAAAUCGCUAUCAAUUGGGCUGGGGGAUUACAUCACGCGAAGAAGGCCGAAGCCAGCGGCUUCUGCUACGUCAACGACAUCGUGCUCGGGAUACUGGAACUUCUACGCGUCUUCCCACGAGUCCUCUACAUCGACAUUGACUGCCACCAUGGCGAUGGUGUUGAGGAAGCCUUCUACAGCUCCAACCGCGUCAUGACAUGCAGCUUUCACAAGUAUGGCUCCUACUUUCCCGGGACCGGCCAACUUAAGGAUCGAGGUGUACGAGACGGCUUCGGCUAUGCGGUCAACGUUCCGUUUAGGGACGGGCUUUCCAACGGGACAUUCCACGAAAUGUUUGAUCCUAUCAUGGACAAAAUCAUGGAGGUAUUCCAACCGUCGGCGGUCGUUUUGCAAUGCGGCUCCGACUCGCUGGCCGGAGACAGACUCGGUUGCUUCAACCUCACGAUGCAGGGACAUGCGCAUUGUGUACAACAUAUGCGCAAAUUCAACGUCCCGUUGAUGCUUCUGGGCGGAGGUGGAUAUACAGUAAAGAAUGCUGCCCGCGCAUGGACGUACGAGACGGCAUGUGCCCUUGGCGUCGAGCAGGAUUUGGACCUUCGGUUACCGUACAAUGAGUUCUUCGAGUGGUUCGCACCGAGGUACAGAUUAGAGGUUGCUGAAACGAACUUGGAAGAUCUGAACCCUAAAGAUGGUGCUCACAAGCAAAUACUACAGCAGGUCUUGCAGAAUCUCAGCGAAUUGAAGACUGCACCCUCAGUUGGUCUGCAAGACGUCCCGAGGGAGAGCAUUGGCGAUCACCUAGGGCUGACGCGUAGCGAAACGACCGAGAUCGACGACCUGGACAGGAAGCUGGCGCAGUACUCGCGAUUCGUCUACGAGACUCAAGAACCCGAACCCUCCGAUCGAGGAAGCGAAGAAGAAGAGUCAGACUCCGGUUCGGCGGCCUCACGAAGACGGAGCCGCAGAACACGGAACAGCCGCAAGAAUAAACGCAUGAGUAUUCUCAGCAACGAGUGGGAAGAACUGCCACACAUGGACCUUUAUGAUCCUCACGAAGCGGUCAACGGCGCUCGUCCUAAACGACGCUACUUCGAUAGCGGGUUAACGUGGAAUCCGAAGCAAAGGGUGGCGAUCGUCAACGGUUAUAAUGGUAACCUCAGUGUGAGCGAAGCCAUGGAGAGAGGUGGUAGAGGAGCACGACGCCAUGAUGAGAUGGAGAUCGAUGACUAG